GUUCAUCAGCUCUACCAGGGCAUGGUGAAGCAUCUAAUUUCAUGGCUCAAGUCAGCUCUUGGUGAAGCAGAACUCGAUGCAUGGUGCCGCCGUCUCCCACCAAAUCACAACAUCCGUUUAUUCAUGAAGGGCAUAUCUGGUCUGCAACGCGUCAGCGGUACGGAGCACGCCCAGAUUUGCCGUUUCCUUCUCCGAGUCGGAAUCAUUCUAGGAGUUCGCCUACCUGAUAAUCUCUCGCCCACACGGCUCAUUCACGCUGUAAGAGGGCUGCUUGAUUUCCUCUACUUGGCUCAGCACCCUUGUCACUCAGACCUCCUUGACGACGCCCUAUCCAACUUCCACAAGAAUAAGGCUAUUUUUGUCCAGCUCGGCAUUCGCACCUCGUUCAAUUUACCCAAGCUCCAUUCCUUUGAGCACUACGCUUACAUGAUACGUCUAUUUGAGGCAACCGACAAUUACCACACAGAGUAUACUGAACGGCUUCAUAUUGACCUUGCAAAGGAUGCGUAUCAUGCAACGAAUCACAAGGACGAACAUACACAGAUCACUCUAUGGCUCGAACGCCGCGAGAAGAUACCCUACCAUACCCGAUUCAUUCACUGGCGGAUCCACAACAGCAUACUCCAACUGCGACAUUAG